AUGAGCAACAAACCACCUCCCAACAACAACGAACCUUCUCCAAAAAAGAAAAUCACCAAAGCUUCUCUGAUGAACAAUGAAACCGAGAGUCCUCCGCUGAAGCUGUUCGAUGAUGCCCCUGGUGAUUGUGGAACUGAGGGUGAUGGAAAUGGAGACCUCCCUCCAGAAACUUUGGGCAGUGGUCAACAGCCAUUGGCUCCCGGCAGUGCACUGGGAUCAACCGGAGAUUCUAUGCAGACAAACACAACUACAUGUACAUGUACUCGUGCCGGCGGUCGAGUCAUAACCACUGUGCUGACUAGUUCCAAGUCUCCUCCUGUCGCUACAUUGAAUAGUGGUCAACAACAAGUGAUCGAGAAAAAGGUUCUUUCCACAGAAUUGUCCUCAGGCACCCCUAAGCACGCCGGUGGCACUACAAAGAUAGACAGCAGAGACGUAGACGACCGAAAACCAGCAGCCAAAGAGAGCCACCAGGUCCAAACAGAUGACAAGAACAAACAUGACAACAGCAAGAGUAAUGAUACGAUCAACAUGGAUUCUGCUUCUACUGUGCUUGAAAACCUCGAAGCAAGGUUAAACAACCCUCAACAAAGUGGUCAGCUAAAGUUCCUGCCAAAGGAAAAACAGUCACACAUCAAAGGAGAUCUGGGAGAAAAGAUUGCAGCAGACAGCAAAAUACCAGCAACGCCAAGCUUCAAAGGAACAAGCCACGACAGUUCUACUUUUGCUGCUCUUUCUUCUGUGGAAGAUCGACUGAACAACCCAGGACUUUCAUUCUUUCCGUCAAAAUCAUCUGGACAACACUCAAGUGGAAUCAUUCCACCCACAGAGCAAGGACAAAUGCCUAUCACAAUUCCUGUCAUUGGAGCAAACGCUGGUACUACUUCAGGCCGUCCAUCGCCGACGCUGACCCAACAGCACCAGCAGUUACCUCAACCUGGAGCAUACAGCAAUGUCCCAGGAGACAGACCCAGCGUCGUCUAG